UAUAUAUAAUGCCCAUUUCUCCUGUGAAAUCUCUUGCUAAAAUUCCCUCAAAAGGUUGGAUCAUCUUCUUGCUUUCUUAUCAGCUAGAGUAGUUUACCGUGCCCCCCCUUCCUUAUCCUCCUCCGGAAGCCUCUCGUCAUUCGAGGACAUGAGUGCCAAGCACUGCGGCCACCACCGCGGCCACCACCACGAUGAGCGUUACAAGCUCAACCGCCGUAUACUCUGCGGCAUUAUCGUCUUCAUUGUCCUCGUCCUCUUCGUCAUCUUCCUCGUCUGGGCCAUCCUCCACCCCACCAAGCCUCGCUUCAUCCUCCAGGACGCCACCGUCUACGCCUUCAAUGUCUCCACCUCCCCUCCCUUCACCAUCUCCACCAGCAUGCAGGUAACCGUAUCCUCCAGAAACCGCAUGGAUCGGGUCGGAAUCUACUACCAGAAGCUCGACAUAUACGCCACCUACCGGAGCCAGCAGGUCACUCUCCAGACGCUUCUUCCUCCGACGUACCAGGGUCACAAGGAGGUUUCGGUGUGGUCGCCUUUCUUGUACGGGAACUCGGUGCCGAUGUGGCCGAGAUUAAUGGGGGCUCUGCAGCAGGACCAGAACAUUGGCUCGGUGCUUUUCAAGAUCAAGAUUGAUGGGACUAUCAAGUGGAAGGUGGGCACGUGGUUCUCCGGCAGGUAUCACUUGCACGUCAACUGUCCGGCGUAUAUUAAAUUCGGUGACCGGAAUAAUGGGUUUCCCGUUGGCCCGGUGAUGAAGUUUCAGCUGGUGCAAGGUUGCAAUGUUGACGUUUAAGCCAGUAAUCUGCUGUUAGUUCUUGCCUCUCUAAAGAGUCUAAUCCUCUAUAGUUUUUUUGUUUUCUUCUUCUUCUUAUCUUCGUCCUUGGUUUGCAAUUUAUCAUGACUUCUUUGUGAUCAUUAAGAGAAAUAAUUUCUUUUUUAAGAAAAAAGAGGGAAAAAAAGGUACUAAUUUUACAUGAAUACUAGUUUUGGGUUA